AUCGGCCUUUCCUUUCUAUUCUUUCUCUGAUACGGUAUGAUCAGUAGCAACAGUUUCACUUUCGUUUUGUUACAGAUCAGCUGAGUUGUGUCGUUGUUUCUUUUCGUCACGCUGCUCAGCGGAGUUUAUGUUUAAGUUUUGUUUUCCACGGUAAGUUUCGUUUGUGACUCACGGACUGCAGAGUGACACAAUAAGAAUCAGCUGUCGGUCCAAAACAAAGUCAGACAGCAUGUUUUCCUGGGGAGAGGACUGUCAGCGCGGGUUUUACUUGAAAGACGGCUCCAGUUCCGACGGCGGGACCGCUGAUGGUGGAGUUCAUUAUUUAAACAUCAGUUAUAACAUCACGGAUCUGUCUGCAGGUCACAACGUGCUGGCUUUUGUCAAAAGUAAUGGAAACGCCUUCAUCAUCCGCACAAACGAGAGCAGGGAUGGGAGAAGAGUGAGAGGCAGGCAGAAGUUUGUGAAAUACAAAGAGAAGUUUGAAGCUGUGAGUUGUGGUGAUGAUGUGGUCGCACUGCUGUCUGACAGUGGGAAGGUUCUCUGUGUGGACACAACACAAUCUCCUUUCAUUCCCAGGCCACUGGAAGCUUUUUCUAAUAAACAGGUUUCUCAGAUUGCUUGUGGGAGUCAGCACUCAGUUGCUCUGACCAAAGGUGGUCAGCUGUAUACAUGGGGACAGGACUGCAGGGGCCAGCUGGGUCUGGGUACGAGGAAGUCUGGCUGCAGAUCACCUCAACAUGUCCGAUCUCUGUCAACGAUCCCGGUGAUCCAGGUCGCUGCAGGAGGAGACCAGAGUUUCGCCCUCUCUGUGUCUGGAGGCGUCUUCAGCUGGGGCAGAAAUGACUGUGGACAGCUCGGGCUGGGAGACAUAAAAGACAGACACACACCAGUUUCUGUUCAUUGUUUGAACAGGAAGAAAGCUCAUCACAUUUCCUGUGGACAGGACCACACGGCCAUUUUGACAAAGCAUGGUGCAGUGUUUACAUUUGGCUCUGGUCAGCACGGACAGCUCGGUCACAACUCACGACGGAACGAACUGCAUCCUCGGCUUGUUGCAGAGCUCUGGGGGGCAAAGGUCACCAAGAUUGCAUGUGGAAGGAAUCACACUUUAGUUCUGACCGACUCAAAGAAGGUCUACUCCUUUGGCUGUGGGGAGCAAGGGCAGCUGGGACAUGGAGCGUCAGUUCAUCCAACUGUGCCGCUACCUGUUCAUCUGUCACAAGCCACCAGCGAGCCCAAAAUUAAAAACAUCUUCGCAGGAGAAAACUGCUCAUUUGCAACAUGCUCAUCUGAUGAGGAUGCUCACGAAGGGCCAAACACCCACUGUGGCUCUGUAACACAGCACGGUCUUGAUGACAAGGUUGAUAAAUGGACCUCUGAAUGUGAUUCAAAGUCAUGGAAAAAGAUAAAACAGGAAAUCUACGGGGCAUUUUCCUCGGCAUCCUGUCUGAACAACAGCUUCCUCGAGCAAAGCAGUGAUCAACAUUUCCAAACCUCUCCAAAGUACCCUGGUUUGAACCUGAAACAUGCACGGCUCGCUUUCAGGAAGCUGGUAAAGAAGGCCAGUGUUCGGGCAGAGAUUGAGGCCGCUGUGCUGCACCUGCUUCCUUUCCUUGAUAAAAAACCAGUUGGAGUGGAGGGGCUGAGAAUCUACCUGCUUCUCAAUGAGCUUCUGCAUGCAAUCCAGAAACACAUGUGGCAAUGGAGCACGAAGCUCGCUGAGGUGGUAGCUACUGCAGUGACAAGCUUGUCGAAGGAAAGCCUCCAGAUUAUAGGUGACUGGUGGUGCUCGCUGUCACCCUCCACCAUGAUUCGACACGUUAAAGUCUGGAAGACGGCCCUCUCAGAGAUCCUGUCCUUCCAGCCUGUUCCUCGCAACUCUGGAGUCAGAAAUCUGCUGCUAGUCCUCCAAUACAUGUACAAUGCCAACAGCAGGGUUGCAGAGUCUCGGAGGAUACCAGAGAGCGAUUUUUGUUUGUCAACUGACGAAACAUUUCUUUCCGAGGAUCUGCAUCAUUGGCAUUUACAGUCACAACGGAAGCAUGCACAUGCUGAGCCACUUCUCCUUUGUAACUUCCCAAUUGUGAUGGAUCUGCAAUCAAAGAAAACUGUUUUUGACAUGAAUGCUUUCCACACCAAGCUGACAGAAGUGGAGGAUGUCCUUUUGAAUUUUUGGUGGACAUUUGUCGAUCCCCCAGUUACUGAAGUUUACUUCGUAGUGAACCUGAGGCGAGCAUCAGUUUUGGAGGACACCAUCAAAAAACUGGCUGACACUCAUCACAGAGACUACAAGAGGCCACUCAUGGUCUUCUUUGAUGAAAAUCAUGAGAUCGAUGAUGUCUACAAGAAAGACUUUUUUUAUGAAGUCUUUCAUGACUUGGUGUCAGCUGAAUCUGGGAUGUUCAUGUUCAAUGAGUCUGAAACACUGGCAUGGUUCUCCUCCAAAGGAGCUCAGGAAGACCAGCGUUACUUUCUGUUUGGGGUUCUGUGUGGACUGGCUUUGUACAACGACUGCAUCAUUCACUUACCUUUCCCACUGGUUCUGUUCAAGAAGCUGCUUGGUGUAAGGCCUUCCCUGGAGGAUUUGAUCGAAUUCAGCCCAAGUGUUGGAGAGAGUCUGAAGUACAUCCUGGAUGACUACAAAGAUGAUGACUUGGAAGACUUGUACAUGUAUUUUUCGAUCAACUGGGAUGGGAAGGAUAUUGACCUUGAUCCACAAAAUCCUGAAAAGCUGGUGACAAGUCAAAAUAAGAAGGAGUACGUGGAUGCCUACGUGAAUCACGCCUUCAACACAUCAGUGGAGAGCGUGUUUCAGGAGUUCAGAAGAGGCUUCUUCCUGGUGUGCGAGCGGGAUUUGGUGAGACUCUUCAGGCCAAAGGAGCUGCAAGAAGUGAUGGUGGGUAAAGACUUCAAUGACUGGGAAAAGCUGAAGCAGAACACAGUUUAUAAAGGUGGCUACGCUGCUGACCAUCCCACCAUACAGAUGUUUUGGGAGGUUUUUGAUGAACUAACUGAGAUUCAGAAGCAAGCUUUCCUGUGGUUUGUGACAGGAUUUGACCGGGUACCUACUCUUGGUACGGACAAAAUCAAGAUGCAAGUCAAAGUUAAAGAAGUCACGGACCUUUCCCCUGACCGGUACUAUCCGGAGACACACACGUGUUUCUCGACCUUGGAGCUGCCGUUAUACUCGGCUAAGGAGAUCAUGCAAACCAAACUGACAGAGGCCCUGAGCAACAAUAAGAGGAUCUACAAGUGAUCAGCAUUAUAUACACCGACUUUUUACUGUACUGAGCAGAAGACUUAACAUUGCAGUAAUACACUUUGUUACUUAACAGUAACAAAGUAACAGAAGUUAUUUUGUGAAUGGCUGACCUAAGAGCAGAGUUACCGAUUAUGAUAAUGAUCAGAGUAUUAGGGAUAAUAAAGGGUUUCUGAUGAUGUGGAAUGUAUGAAUUUAGUUUUAUUUUUUUUUAAAUCACACUUUCUAAAAAUAUGAAGGUAAUAUAUGCUUAUAUAGAUUGGAAGAAGUCUGUUUGUCUUUAAUUUUUUUUUCCAAGUGUUAAAUCUCAGAAAAUAUACAUUGUUCUGUGUUUCAAAUGUG